GGGAUAAGGUCGCCGGUGGCCCGCUCUGAAAAGAACUUCGAUCCUGGAGCCAAGUACCAUAUCACCAGUAACUCGCCCUACAUCAGGUAGGUACCUGACAAGUGAUGUUGUCGUCUUUCCUUAGAGUGUGUGUGAGUGCAGUUCUGUUAGAGACGCCAGAUCUCUAGCUUUCGGUUUAACAAUAGGGAUCUGUACGGUCACUUAUUCCUUGAGAGAGUUGUUUCCCCGACAACGGUGUUUCCCUGACCACCGUGUUUCCAUGACGACGUUGUUUUCCUGGCAUGUUUUCCCCUGGCAGCAGCGUUUCCAUGACAAUGGUGUUUCUCUGAUAACGGUGUUUCCCCGACGACGGUGUUUCUCUGACAACGGUGUUUCCCUGACAACGGUGUUUCCCUGACAACGGUGUUUCCCUGACAACGGCGUUUCUCUGAUAACGGUGUUUCGCUGAUAACGGUGUUUCCUGUUCAACAGUGUUUCCCUGACAAAAUUGUUUCCCCGCCGAUUGUGGUGCCCUAAAGUCCUGCUAUCAGUAUUGCCUUGAAUUCAGUAGUGUUCUUAUACCAGUGUUGCCUUGGAGAAAGCGGUGCCCUCCAGUCAAUGGCUACCCCGAUAUCAGCGUUGACAUUGAACUUCUUGACCAGUAAAAACAUACGUUAGAAAUAAACCAAACGUUUAGUUUAUAAUAGCUCCAAACUUAACUCACACUUCUCUGUAGCAUUAUUGUAUGCAAUUUAUACUACCCCGUCUCUUCUUUUCUUUUUUCUUUUUUUAUCGAACGCAUUAUGUCUGCUUAUCCGAUUCAUUGUUAUUUCGUCUGACAGCUACUUCGUGAGCUACUUCCAGCAGUUCCAGAUGUUUAAAGCGUUGUGUGACAUCAGCGGAUAUGACGGUCCUCUGCAUGAGUGUGACUUCUACGGCUCGAGGGAAGCUGGCAAAAAACUCAAGUGAGUAAACAUUAAGUUAAAGGGCCUCCGUAAAUAAAUGAUCAAAAUAGGAAAAGGGUGGGUAGAAGGGUGGGUAGGAGGGAACAAAUAAUUAGUUGAAUAUUAAUUUAUUGCACAAUUUUGUAUUUUUUUCUUCUUUUUUUUUUUGGUAUAUAAUCUAAUUUUUUUGACAGUUGUGCAUUUCUUGCUCCCCCCCCCCACCUACCCCAGACACACUCAUCACAAACACACUCACAAAUUAGCGAGUAAAAAAAAAAUCUCACAUGCUUUAAAAAAUGAUUAUACUCCUCUGUAUUCUAAAUAAAUAAAGAUUCAAUUUUUUUUAUAUUUUUUUUUGGUUGGGGAGGGGGGUGGGGUUAAUUUAUUUAUAAAAAAUACUAACAUCAAUUUGCACUCUUUCACUCAAGGCCACCUUAGCCUCUUUUGUGUGUCCACUCUUCUCAAUAUAUUUAUCAUUCAACGUCUGCUCCUACUCCUUCAGACACAUGCUGAGCCAGGGCUCCAGCAUCCCCUGGCAAGAUCAGCUCGAUUACUUGACCGGAAGUAGACAGGUCACAGCGGACGCCAUCUUGCAGUAUUUCAAACCUCUUCACGUCUGGCUUGUUAACGAUAACACAUUGCAUAAAGAAACCAUAGGCUGGGACAGCGCAAAAAUUAACUGGAGUGAUAAAUAA